AUAAAUAUGACAGCUAUAACGAACGUCGAUCAUUGCAGACAUUAAGCUUGCAACAUGAAGUUCUAUACGCUCUUCGCUUUCGUGCUAGCCAUGCUGGCUAUGGCAUUUGCUAUUCCUAAUCCUGAGCUCCGACCCAUUUCUGAGCUAUAUCCUGGCGGCGGUGGCGGUGGUGGAGGAGGAGGUGGCGGCGGUGGUGGCGGAGGUGGUGGUGGUAAAUAAGGCAGUCAGAGGAUGGUUUAUAUUUGUCUUUAAUUUUUUUUGGAAAGCGAUUGUAUUACUUUAAAACAUUUAUAU